AUGCAAGCUGCACAACAAAACACAGCUGCCCUUUCUUUUUUUUCACUUAAUUCACCAACAUGCAAUCAGAUUUUUGCUAAACAGACUUUUAUCUUAGUGUUAUCACAAUUUAAUCAUGGGUACAUUCAAGGGCUUACAUCUUUAUAUUUGUCCUUGUUCUAUCAAGAUGCUUCCACCUGUAUGAUGUCUGAAUGGAUCACGUGGUCUCCAUGUAGUGUUACCUGUGGGACAGGCAGCCGCUCCAGAGAACGUUAUGUCAAACAGUUCCCUGAUGAUGGCUCAGUGUGCACUUUGCCCACAGAGGAGACUGAGAACUGUGUGGUUAAUGAAGAUUGCUCCCCCAGCAGUUGCCUGGUUACUGAGUGGGGUGAAUGGGAUGUCUGCAGUGCUACUUGUGGUCUUGGCAUGAAGAGGAGAGAGCGGAUGGUGAAGAUGCCUCCUGCAGAUGGCUCCAUUUGUGGGGCAGAGGUUCUAGAGGUUGAGAAGUGCAUGAUGCCAGAAUGUCAUACAAUACCAUGCUUGUUGACUCCAUGGUCUGAGUGGAGUGACUGUAGUGUUACAUGCGGGAAGGGAAUGAGAACACGACAGCGAAUGCUCAAAUCUCCGGUGGAACUUGGAGAUUGUACAGAAGAGUUGGAACAGGUGGAGAAAUGCAUGUUACCAGAGUGUCCCAUUGACUGUGUUAUGUCAGAUUGGACUGAGUGGUCAGAAUGCAACAAGUCCUGUGGCAAAGGUCACACUAUCCGGACUCGCAUUGUGACCAUGGAGCCUCAGUUUGGUGGAGACUCAUGCACUGAAACAAUCCAGAGAAAGAAGUGUAAGAUUAGAAAGUGCAGUCGAGGACAAGGCAACAGUGAUGAGAAGAGACGACGCAGGGAGCAGCGUGAAAAACGAAGGAGCAAACUGGGCAGAGUUGAGGGAGCUUCUGAGCAUCCAGGUUGCAGAAUGAGGCCCUGGUCUAGCUGGACAGAAUGUACCAAAAUGUGUGGUGGAGGUAUUCAGGAACGACUUAUGACGGUAAAGCAGAAGUAUAAGGCUGCCCAGUUGUCCAGUUGCAAGGACAGGAAGGAGAUCAGGGCAUGUAACGUCCAUCCCUGCUAGGAUGAAUGCAUAAAAGGAAAGCUGAAACAGGAAGAGACGUGGACUGGGAAGAAGACAGCGCACUGUCGCACAAUGAUUCAAUGCACUCUGUUUAGGGCUGAAAUUACAGAUUCUUGGAUCUGUAUGUCUAAAUCCAGAGCUCAGGUCAUGUGUUGUUUAGAUAAAAUGAACUUUGCGAUCUCUGGAAAACUGUGGAUUCAAAUUUGCUCCAUCUGCUGUGCUUCAUAAAUUAACUGUGUUAAACAUAUAUCUUUUUUUUUUUUGCAACAUCACUGUAAACUCAUUGUGAUAUACAUAUCUUGAGAAAGAUGAUUAUGAAGUUAUUUGUUAAGAUUAAAGAAAACUGCUUUAUCCUGUGGUAUCCAUAAAUAAUUAAGUGGACUUUGAAGCACAGGGGCCCAGCCAUUCCAACAAUUUAUAUGAACUUUUAUUUGUUCAGUUGUUUGUAGGACCCAUAAAGCCCUGUUGAUUUUUUUUUACCCAGUGUAAUGGUUGUACAUAUAGAUGCAUCUUGAUCGAAGACUAUAUAAAUUGGAUCGUCAUUAGAAAAUGUAUCUUUUUGCAGUGUAAUUUUUGAUAAGAAUGUGUCAGAUUCUUACCAAAGUCUUGUGUAGGUGGUUUCUAGAUGUGUCCCCCCUUUUUUUGUUAUUUCUGUUCCUCUAACAUAUUAAUAUUUUGAAAUAAUAUUACCUUUACAAUAAAAGUAAAUGUGACAACUUG